AUGGCUUCAGGUUCUGUUGCAGAAAUUGCAUCGACGAGAUUGGGUGUAAGUUCUUUCGUAUUGAAGGUAGCAAGUUCUGCUCCUUCGAAAGAUUUUGCCAUGAGGGUUGUCCAAGUUAAGAUUAAGCUUAUGGACAGGGUUGAAAAUAAAGAAGAAGACACAGUAGAUAGUUUAAUAGAUAUACCAGAAGAUAUCGCAGAGGCUCUUAGAGCGAUUACAAAUGGAGCAAGCAUACGAAGAGCUAGCUUGGAUUAUGGUGUUCCACGUACCACACUUCACGAUCGAAUAUAUGGUGGAGUUUCGCAUCAAAACGGCGCCCAAAUACUUCAAAAGUUAUCUCCAAUUCAGGAGAAUCGCCUAGCAGAAUGGGAUAUUAAAUGCAUUUCAGCCAAUGGAAAAAGCAUUACUCCCCUUGUAAUAUAUAAGGGAAAAUCAGUUCAACAACAAUGGUUUCCAACAGAUUUGACUCUAUUCAAGGGUUGGAACUUUACCGCUACAGAAAAUGGAUGGACUACAGAUGCUACAGCUUUAGAAUGGCUGAAAAAGAUCUAUAUCCCUCAAACUACCCCUAUUCAGCCGGAAAAUUCAAGACUCCUCAUUUUGGACGGACACGGAAGCCAUGAAACUACAGCAUUUAUAGAUAUAAUGAUUCAAGAGAAGGAGAUCGAUUUGCCAACACGAAGAUUACUAUUUCGCAAGAUUAUAAAAGGAUUCGAUGCUAAGGAUUAUGAACUCUUAGAGGCAGAGAAUAAGAUUAGAAAGCUAGAAUAUCAAUUAGAUGAAGCAUUACCUAGAAAAAGGCGAAAGGUUGUGGUAUCUCCAAAUUCGAAGUUCGCAGGGAUUAGAGCUAUAAGGCGUACACAAAUUGAAGCUGGAGAUCGUGAAGAUGAGGUAGAUGAUAGCUCUAGUGCUAUAGAAAGUGAUUCUACAGGCGAUUUCAUUGAAGUUCAAUAG